CUCGCUGCGGCCGCGAUCCGAGACCCGAGAUCCGAAACCCGAGCCCCGAGACCGAGACUUGCCGUCAUGGAUUGUCUGCUGGAAGCAAACGGCAUCUUUGCCAUGAGCCUUUUGAAAGUUCUGGGUGAAGAGAGCUCGAAAAAUGUGUUUUUUUCACCUUUAAGCAUCUCCUCUGCCAUGGCCAUGGUCUUUUUGGGAGCAAAGGCAACCACCGCAGAACAGAUGGCUCAGGCGCUCUCUUUAAAUAAGUGUGGUGGCGAUGGACACGAUGUCCAUCAGGGCUUCCAGUUGCUUCUCGAUGAAAUCAACAAGACAGGCACUGACUACUUGCUGAGAACGGCCAACAGGCUCUUUGGGGAGAAGUCUUACGAAUUCCUCUCAUCUUUUAAAGAUUCCUGCGGUAAAUUCUAUAAAGCGGAGAUGGAAGAGCUCGACUUUAUCCAUGCUACGGAGGAAUCCAGGAAACACAUAAACUCCUGGGUGGCCAAGAAGACAGAAGAUAAGAUUACGGAGAUUCUGUCUUCAGGUGUGUUGAAUUCAACCACAAGUAUGGUCCUCGUGAACGCCAUCUACUUCAAAGGAAACUGGGACAGACAGUUUGACAAAGAAGGAACCCGCAAGAUGCCGUUUAAAGUCAGCAAGAAUGAGCAGAAACCCGUGCAAAUGAUGUAUACGAAGUCUACUUUUCAAAUGACCUAUAUAGGAGAAAUAUUCACCAGGAUUCUGGUGCUUCCCUAUGUCAACAAGGAGCUCAACAUGAUCAUCAUGCUUCCGGAUGAGGACAUCGACUUGAAAACGGUGGAAAAGGAAAUUACAUACGAGAAAUUCGUAGAGUGGACGAGGCCAGACAAGAUGGACGAAGAAGAGGUGGAGGUUUACCUCCCUCGGUUUAAACUGGAGGAGAACUACGACAUGAAGGACAUCUUCUGCCGUCUGGGCAUGACCGACGCCUUUGAUGCGGCCAGGGCAAACUUUUCUGGAAUGUCCUCCAAGAGAGACCUGUCUCUGUCCAAGGUCGUGCACAAGUCCUUCGUGGAGGUCAACGAGGAGGGCACGGAGGCUGCGGCUGCCACCGCCGCCAUCAUGAUGAUGCGGUGCAUGCGCUUCACGCCCACCUUCAUGGCUGACCACCCCUUCCUCUUCUUCAUCUUGCACAGCAAGACCAACUCUAUCUUGUUCUGCGGCCGGUUUUCCUCUCCAUGAGGGCAGCCCCACGGCGAGGGGCCCUCCCCGCUUCCUCCUCCUCCCCCUGCCACUGCCCUUCCUCUUUCUCCACCGAGUGCCUGUGACCCAAGUGACCUUAUCCAUGCAGCUCAGAGCUCAGCAAUAAAGGACCCAUUGCGGGACCCCUA